AUGUUUACGUCAUCGUCAAGUCCGUAUGCGACUGGCAUCGCCAUGAACCAGAACUACCUCAUUGGGCUCAGAGGUCUGUUUGUGGUUCAAUCGUUUCUCUUUGUUUUCUUCCAGACUUUCCUUCCAGCAGCCGUCCCCGACUCGAAAAAUGUCGAUGGGCCUUCCUACCAGAUUGGACUCCGCAAAUCGUUUUCGGUCAUCUUCUGCAACCCGUCCUUGAUUUACGGAUGGAUCAUCUUUCUUUCCGCUCGAACAAUAUGCCUACCAUAUCUCGCUAACAAGACGCGGGAGGUGGGCGCAUCCAGUGUCUUUCGUCGCGGUAUCAGACUAUGGAUUCCAACCUUUGUUGCGUACUCCAUUGCAGCAGCCGCCUUCAGUACUACGUCUACUGAUUACAUAUCUGAUUUCAUGGAGUCUACCGGGAAUAUCUCGACCGGCGUUCCAAUGCGCAUCCGCAACUUCCUAGUAUACUUCAACUCCAUGUUCGAAAUCUUCUGGAUCAACAAGCAAUACAGUAACCAGGCUGCCAACAACAUCUUCCCGUCUGGUACUCUCUGGAUCGUCUCUGUACUCUUCCAGCAAAGCUACACUGUCUACAUGACCAUGGUCAUUGUACCCAACACCCGCAUGUCCUGGCGUGUCAAGGCCAUGCUUGCCUUUAUCGCCACUGGAUUCUGGGUGCAGAGCUGGGCGUGGUAUAGCAUUACUGGUCUUCUCAUUGCCGACGCCGUGCUCAACAUGAACUUCGCCUCGCGUUCGCAGCGAGGUUUCAACUUGGGCAAGUCGACAAUCCCCUUCUGGCCAAUCUACGCACUUAUGGUCUUCGUUGGUGUCUUCCUGCACUUCUUGUUCAUUUCAUGGAGAACGGAUCUGCGUAAUGACGAAAUCUACAGCCACACUGGCAUCUACACAGGCAGCUUGCUCAACGAGAACGUGGAUCUUGACCUGCCCAUGGCUCGCAUCGACAACUAUCUCAUUAUACUGGGCUCCACACUCUUGAUCGAAACCUUUGAAAUGCCUCGUAGCAUACUAUCCGGCAGCUUUUUCGUCGCCCUAGGCAGGAGGAGCUUCAGCUUCUUCCUGGUCCAAUCCAUCAUCAUCUACACCGUCGGUAUCAAGACCUACCAACACAUGGCUGCAUCAGGGACCGCCAAUGGCGUAAAUGGAUUGGUAUGCUUCCUAGUGUGCGCACCCCUUGUUACAGUUCUAGCAGAGGUCUUCUACCGCAUAGUCGAUCUGCCGAGCAUUGUGGCCGCCAGGGGCUUUUGGGCGUUCAUGACGCAAUGA